AUGUUUGAUGAUUUCGACGAGCAAGGUCAGCAUUUGCUGAGCUCCCUCCAUCUCGGCCCUGCCGAAGAAGAGCCUACCCGCCGCGGCGCUGCCUCUCGAGCGAACAGUGUACGGUUUGACGAAAGUGCACUGCGGGGAGCAGACUGGUCUAGUCAAAGCAACCGCCACUCUGGCGAGUUUGGACCUCCACGCCCAAGCAGUGGCCUGAUGAUGGAGAGGUCGUUAUCUCAUAAAUCGGACGGCCGUCACAGUUCAGCGGGCCAUUCAGUUCACUCCUUCCAUUCCGUGGCAUCUGGCCGAGCCAGUAGCUUGGGUCUGGACACCAACUUCAUGGUCAGCAGCCACGAAGAUGACUCUCCCCUGGACAUGCCAGAGCCGCCACCAGGCCUCUUUUUCUUGGGAUCCGUACCAACCAUCAUCCGAUGCUGGCUCACGACCAACUUUUGCCACGAUACGGUGCUGUAUGCCGAUCUGUGUACGGGUUCCCAAAAGUCUGUGGUGGACUAUUCUGUCGUCAAGGACCUUGACUUGUUGGACGAGGUUCAACGUGAUGUGGACGGCACGUACAAGAUCCGACUCUCCGUGUACCUAGUCGAAGCGACCGUGUCCGAACGUAGCAGUCGGUCUUCAAGCCCAGGCCAUCAGAUGCCUAGCCUUCUGACUACGUUCGAGGUGUCUGGCAUGGAGCAGUCCGAAGGAGCCGAACCAAAGAAGGGCGUUCAGAUUUUCAUCGGCAGCGACACCCUCCGUGCUCAUCAGGCCGAUAUCCUCCUGUCCCAGAACCGCAUGUGUCUGUAUGGCAGCGAGCGUGAAAAGUUAUCAGUGCCAUUCGUACGCCCAGAGGAUGAAGGCGCGUUCAAGCACAUCAGCACAACCAACUUCAUCCCGGAGAAGCCUCGCCUCAACGCCAACGCCGCGCCAUUCGUAUCUGGGGACCCACGACCGCAGGCCUCUACGAUGCACGAUGCACUGGAAAAUAGCGUCUCUAGCAUGCAACCUGAGGAUGCCGAGUCUCAGGGCCCCUUAUCUCCAUUGGGACAUCACUCUGUACCCAACAAGUCGAUUGGAGCCAGCAACCUGUCUGAAAGUGGCGGGGAGAGUGAGAGGGCAGGUAAAGAUCACGCCAGUGGGUCCGAGUCUGGAGCGAGAGAGCCUCUGAUGGUGCAAAACAGUUCAGCCAGCACAGAUGGCAGCCGACGUGAGUCUGCUGGUGGCAUUUGGGGCUCAUGGCGUCAGGGUACUUCGGCAAGCGGUAGCGAGAACGGGCAGCGGGACGCCAAUGGUCCCUUGAGCGGCUACCAGCCUGCGGGUCGCGGAAGUCGGAAUAUGAAGGUGCUGAAGCCCCUGAAAUCGGGUUCAUCAUCUUCUGCCCGAACCGGGGCGGCUUAUGAGCCGCCUCCAGCGCCCAGGACCAGCGGCGAACACCGCCGAAAGAGCCAGGCCAGUCUAGUGGCAGAGAGCACGCCCCCAGCAGCGGUUCGCUGGGAACCCAAGAGGACAGUUAGUAGUGUCAGCAGUACGGCGGAACCCAAGGCCCAACGCGAAACGAAGAACGCCGGCCCGCCUUUGCCCCGGUCGGUGAACCCAAUCGGAGGCGCGUCUGCGUUUUCGUGGAUGAACCCGGCCGGCAAAGCGAAGCCCACGGCAACGGCCGAGUAG